ACUCUCUGUAUAUAGCCAUGUUAUUACCUGGUACUCCCUGUAUAUAGCCAUGUUUUUACCUAGUACUUCCUGUAUAUAGCCAUGUUAUUACCUGGUACUUCCUGUAUAUAGCCAUGUUAUUACCUGGUACUGCCUCUCCUCCCCAACAGGUGAACAACAAUGGCCUUGUUUCGUUCAUCAGAGAGGUGUCUCAAUUCACACCUGUAGCGUUUCCCAUCGCCGGAGACCGGAGGGUUGUGGCGCCGUUCUGGGCUGACGUGGACAACAGGCGGGCGGGACAAGUCUUCUACCGGGAGAGUAGAGAUCCGUCCGUCCUCCUUAGGGCCACGGCUGACGUCAGACGACACUUCUCCGAGUUCCCAGAGUUCAGUGCGACGUGGAUCCUCAUCUCAACGUGGCUCAAAGUCACCUUCUUUGGAGGAAGUGACGUCACACCGGUGAAUACGUUCCAAGUGAUACUGAUCACCAACGAAGAGCUUUCCUUCACCAUCUUCCAGUAUCAUGACGUCAGCUGGACUACAGGCAUGCAUGCCAGCAGUGGAGGAGACCUGGCGGGGCUAGGGGGCAUCGCUGCACAGGCAGGUUUUAACGCUGGCGACGGGAAACGUUACUUCAACAUCCCGGGGUCUCGUACUGAUGAUGUCGUGGAUGUGGAGGGAACCACCAAUGUGGGUUACCCCGGGAGAUGGGUGUUCCGUAUUGACAAUGCCCAGGUGGAGGUGGGCGGAUGCAACGACUCCGCAUCUGUGUGCCCUCACCUUCGACCCUGUCUGAACGGAGGUCGCUGUAUAGACGACUGCAUCACCGGAAACCCUUCCUUCACCUGCUCCUGUCUGGCUGGCUUCACAGGACCCCGGUGCCAGAUAGAUGUGGAGGAGUGUUCGUCCUUCCCCUGUCAGAACGGAGGUACCUGCUCAGACCAGGUUAACGGGUUCACCUGCCAGUGUCCAAACGAGUUUACAGGGACAGUCUGCCAAACAGACAUUAACAAGUGCAAAGACGGAGCCUGCCUCAACGGAGCGCUGUGUGUACAAGGUGUCGACAACUUCACCUGUCUGUGUGAGAGAGGCUACUCUGGGUUGCUGUGUGAGACAGACAUGGAUCAGUGUGUUUCCCAGCCUUGUCUGAAUGGAGGGGAGUGUGAAGACCAGGUGAAUGGUUAUACCUGCUCCUGUCCUGCUGCUUUCACCGGAACACACUGUGAGACAGAGUUGGUGAUGGUCCAGGUGAAUUCAUCGUCUACUCCUCAAACUGAAAAUCAAACAGUGUCCUAUGAGGGGGAGGGCAGUGAGAAACACCAGAUCUGUGAACACACCGGCCCUGGGAGUUACAACUGCACAUGUACCCAAGGAUUCUAUGGUGACAACUGUGAAGAGGAGUGUCUUUGCCAGAACGGUGGCAUCUGUGUGGAAGUAAAUGGAACCUGUGACUGCCCCUCAGGCUUCACCGGACUCUACUGUCAGUUUGAGGUGACCCAGACCCCGUGCAGCAACAGCAGGCCGUGUCCCGACGGAGGACCCUGUCUGGAGUACGGAGGAACCUACCUGUGUACCUGUCAGACAGGUGUGGCAGACCUAGAUCACAGGGACUUCUAUCCUCCCUAUGUACAGCCUCGAUCGGUCUGUGAUUCGUCUCCGUGUCUGAACGGAGGCCACUGCUACGAGAGAGAUGGAGGCUACACCUGCGAGUGCGAGCACGGAUACAGAGGGAAGCACUGUGAGAAAGUCAGACUCAAUACCUGUGCCUCUGGCCCGUGUCGUAACGGAGGCUCCUGUAAAGAGGAGACAGGGAGCUUCCUGUGUGUCUGUCCAUACAGGUUCACUGGGAAACACUGUGAAGUGGGGAGGCCAGACCCGUGCUCCUCCAGCCCCUGUCUGAACGGAGGAACAUGUUUCCACUACAUCGGGAAGUACAAGUGUGAAUGUUCCGGAACCUUCAGCGGCAGACACUGUGACAUCGGCAGGGGAUCGGCACACGCCACAGCAGACCUGGACUGUGGUCCCCCCCUGCAGGUGAAGCAUGCAGAGGUCCAGUUCUCCUCUACGUCGCCAGGCUCCAUGGCUCUGUACGUCUGCCACCCAGGAUACACCCCCAUGCCCAGGGCCACCCAGAGCAUCUGUGGGGGGCAGGGCGCCUGGAGCCAACCCCCGGUCUGCCAGGAGAUCAACGAGUGUUUGUCCCAGCCUUGUCUGAAUGGAGGGACGUGUAGAGACAGGGUGGCGACCUACCAGUGUGCAUGUGACCAAGGCUUCAGUGGGAACCACUGCCAGACAGAUGUGGAUGAGUGUGUGUCGGAGCCCUGUAAACACGGAGGAACCUGUGAGGAUCAGCCCGGAUCCUACUACUGCCACUGCCAACAGGGUUUCAUGGGACGAGACUGUGAAAUAGAGCAGGACAGGUGUGAGUCCAGCCCCUGUCUGAACGGCGGCGUGUGUCGCGGCUACAGGCGGAACCACCCGUGUAUCUGUAAAGAAGGGUUCUUCGGGGACCGCUGCCAGUCGUUGGAGAAUCCGUGUGUACUGCAACCUUGUGGGAACAGAGGUCUCUGCCACAGCAACAGGAGAGGGAACUACAGCUGUACCUGCAGAGUGGGACACACAGGCAAGGACUGUGAGAGAGACCUGUUGCCUCCCUCUGGUCUGCACGUAUUAUGGGUAGAGGAGGAUGAGGUGGAGCUACGCUGGGACCUUCCGGAUCCUUCCUCUCAGAGCCUGUUCAGCGGCUUCGCUGUGACCUACGCCCCUCUGGGUCUCCCGGGCCGUGGCAGCGGAACCAGGAAGACGGACUUCCUGGACAAGAAGCAGUCCACCUAUCAGCUGCAGGGCCUGGUGCCUGGUCUGCUAUACAACAUCUCGACCUUCUCAGUGAAACGAAACGCCAACGGCGGCGACGACAUCAGCCAGCCAGCCAUCGCUCUCAUACGCACCCGACCGCGGCGGGUGGAUCAGCUGCAGGUUGUCAACGUGUCUUCCUCCCAGGUUUGGCUGCGGUGGCUGGUGCAGGCUGCUCAUCACGCAGCUGUCAGCCAAGUGCGCCUCUCCCUGGUCUCCUCGGACGGCAGUGGCGCUCGCACCGCCCUGGUCAACACCAGUACCAUGGAGUACGCAUUCAGUUCUCUGCUCCCCGGUCAGAUGUACACGGUGGACGUUCUGACUCAGAGUGGGAUCGGACCAGACGAGUCCCCGUCCACCAGUCACUCUGCUGGACCGCUGCAAGUCUGGACCCGGCCCCUCCCCCCUCAGAACCUGUCUUUGGCACAUGUGACCUCCAACUCUGCCCUGGUGACGUGGGACUACCAUCCCAGGAACCUGCCAGACGGCUUCGUGGUCAAUGUGACACGAGGCCUGAGCACCCGGAGUCGUUUCCUACCCAAUGGGAAGUUAGAGACGUAUACUCUGAGAGAGCUUUCUCCGGGACAGCACUACCACCUAGUCCUCAUGGCUGUUAGGAACACAGGGCAGGAACAGAUUCACAGUGUACCACAACACCUGGCCUUCACCACAUUGCCGAUGGAGGAGCGAUGGGGAGGGAGGAAGAGGGAGAGACCUUCUGUCGUGGGCCCUGUGAGUCAUACACUAGCCCCAUCUGAACCUCAGGACCUGGGGGUAGCUGGAGAGAGAGAGCACUCUGAAGAGAUGCCCAGAUAUACAGAGCUGAUUGAUGGUAGAGGGAGGAUAACAGCUGAGUUCUCCAAACUGCCCCGAAAGGCCAUCAGACACCGCACUAAACCCGAGCCUUCCCUUCAGCUCGAGAGGAUGGAGGAGACAACCAAUAAAAUCAGCCUCGCACUAGAGAUCCAGAGGAAGGAGGAAGAGGAGGAGUCCAGGAGAAAACCUGAGUCGUCCCAGGACUGCCGGAGUCUGCCCUGCCUGAACGGGGGUACGUGUGCGAAGGGCGACGACUCCCACAUCUGCGACUGCGUAGCCGGGUUCAAGGGCAGGCAGUGUGAGCUGUUCUGCCAGCGAGUGCCCCACCCGUGUACCCGCCUUUACUCUGAAACAAAGAGCGUGCCCGUCUGGGUGGGCGAAGUCUGUCAUUACCUGUAUAAAAGGACGUAUAAAGUCCAGCAGGAUGUUUGCUAUCGAGAGAUCUGUGAACCACCGCUGCUUCCCAAGAAAAGCCCCAACAGAAGAACUAACAGGCAACAUUAAUGAAAGCUAAUCUUGGAUGACCCAUGUUGCCCCAGAGAUUGGCCUGUGUGAUGACCCAUGUUGCCCCAGAGAUUGGCCUGUGUGAUGACCCAUGUUGCAAAGAGAUUGGCCUGUGUGAUGACCCAUGUUGCCCCAGAGAUUGGCCUGUGUGAUGACCCAUGUUGCCCAGAGAUUGGCCUGUGUGAUGACCCAUGUUGCCCAGAGAUUGGCCUGUGUGAUGACCCAUGUUGCCCAGAGAUUGGCCUGUGUGUUGACCCAUGUUGCCCAGAGAUUGGCCUAUGUGAUGACCCAUGUUGCCCAGAGAUUGGCCUGUGUGAUGACCCAUGUUGCCCAGAGAUUGGCCUGUGUGAUGACCCAUGUUGCCCCAGAGAUUGGCCUGUGUGAUGACCCAUGUUGCCCAGAGAUUGGCCUGUGUGAUGACCCAUGUUGCCCAGAGAUUGGCCUGUGUGAUGACCCAUGUUGCCCAGAGAUUGGCCUGUGUGAUGACCCAUGUUGCCCAGAGAUUGGCCUGUGUGAUGACCCAUGUUGCCCCAGAGAUUGGCCUGUGUGAUGACCCAUGUUGCCCCAGAGAUUGGCCUGUGUGAUGACCCAUGUUGCCCCAGAGAUUGGCCUGUGUGAUGACCCAUGUUGCCCCAGAGAUUGGCCUGUGUGAUGACCCAUGUUGCCCAGAGGUUGGCCUGUUGUAGCCGCAGCUUGAAUGAGGAUUCUGGAGGAAGCUAACAAGUGGAACAUGAUUGACCCCCACAACCAUCAAUGACAUUUGGCCCCAGAAUCAUCAAUAAUUUCGAACUAUUCUAUGUCAUAUUUUUACAGAAUUUUCACUCAUGACGGAUGACAAAUGUACCGUAAACAGUCCACAUCCGUGUAAAAUCAGAACAUUAUACAUACCUCAUGUCUCACACGUUGGCAGUUUAGUCCCUCCGCUCAGGGAAAUGUGUAUAUUGUCUGUUUCAUCACAAGCAACCCUAUUUAAAAUCUGUCUCGAUUGAUUUUUAACAACAAAUUGAACUGUUUUACCUCUUAGCCAAAAAACAUAUUCAGCAAUCAGUACUGGAAAAUAAGUGCCUGUCUUUAUGUCUUUCAACUCUAACCCUACGUCACUACUAGCUAUCAUGUACAUAGUGUUUAUAGGCUGUUUUGUAGGUGAAUAUUUUAAAUAAUUAAAAUGUAAAAAAAAUGUUA